ACGGCUACUGAGACUAGAGUCUAGUUGUUAUUCGUUUUAAAAAUAAGAUACUUUUUCUGCUUCUUUGUGUAUUAAAUAAUGAAAAGUGCUCAAAUGGUAUAAUCAUGUUUAACCAAACGUCGACUGAAGCAUUGCUCUCGGCAACUUACGUUGAGAAUUACUUAGAUAUCGUCGAUAAUCUGCCUAAUGACUUGCAACGACAUUUAUCGCGUAUGCGAGAGUUAGAUGUUACUUACAGAGAAUGCCUAAGAGAUGCAGAGACUCACUUGGCAGUGUGUAUCGGUCCAAACACAGAAGAAAAGCGCCGUGGGCGUGCAGCAUUGCGCUUACAGGCUGCUUUGGUAGCUGCUCAAGAGAUUGGUGAUGAAAAGUUACAAGUAGUUCAACUUUUACAAGACCUCAUUGACAACAAACAGAGAUCACUUGAUGCUGAUCACAAGAAGCUUGUAUCAUGCCUAGAAGUUAACACAAACGGUACAGCGAAGGAGGAGCAGACAGCAAACUCGGAGAGUCGAUCCAACGAGAAAGACAGCACACAGCAGACGCAGCAGCAGAGUGCACCGCCACCACCACCGCCGGAGAGGACCAGUGAAAAGGAGAAGGAAAAACCGGAGAAAGAGAAGGGUGGAGGUGAGCGUUGGUCAAAGCGCGCACGUCGCUCGCGUACAGCGGCCGGCGCGGCGACGGACGGCGCAGACUCGAGCGAGCGGGACAGCGAGCGGCACACGCACAGCACGCAUAAGAAGGGUAUUGGCAAGAAGAAGAAACGCAAAGCACGCCAAGCGGCGCAACGGUCAGAGACUCCGCCAGAAGAAGCAGAUGCUAUCGACCCAGACGAGCCCAGAUACUGUCUGUGCGAUCAAAUAUCAUUCGGAGAAAUGAUCCUAUGCGACAAUGACCUAUGUCCCAUAGAAUGGUUCCAUUUCUCCUGCGUCUCGCUCACAACUAAACCAAAAGGCAAAUGGUUCUGCCCUAAAUGCAGGGGAGACAGACCCAACGUAAUGAAACCCAAAGGACAGUUCCUCAAAGAGUUGGAGAGGUAUAAUCGAGAAAAAGAAGAGAAAGCAUAGCAUUCACUGAAAAAGAAGUAAGGUGGUUGUGAUAUAGGUUAACGGCGGAAUGGAUGAUACAGUGUAGUUUGAAACAGUGGAUCGGAACUGAGAUUUUGCUAAUAAAUAAAUAUGUAUAUUUUUGCGUUAAAUUAUUACGAGUAGAAUUUUAUGUUUCAUAAUUUAAAGUUGAUUGCAACAGUAUUUUAAAAUGAAUGUGAUUUUGCAAUAGUAAAUGGUCAUAAUGCUAUCGUAGGUUGUUGUACAUUUUUCAUACCUUUUAUACAGUAAUAUAUUUAUUCUUGUACCUGAAUAUUAAGAAACGCUAUCGCACUAAAAUAUUGGAAAUGUUCGAGAUUUAAAUAUCGAGUCUUCCAUAACAAAUGAUGCUUUAGCAAUGUUUGUUUGGCAAUAAUUAUAAUACUCUCGAUGUUUAUAGCAAUAUUGAUUGUUUUCAAGUAGAAAUUGCAAUUUAUUUUAUAUAGCAUAAUAUGUAUAAGCCUUUAUAUACCAUUUACACUCACGAAUUCUUACAUAAUAUUAUAUAUCUAAGAGUCUUUAUAUUCAGGUGUAGGUGAAAAUUACUGGCAUGUACAUUGUACAUAAUGUAUAAUAAUUUAAAAUACUUAAUUUUGGUUACAAAAUUGUCACUCCUUUACACUAUAAUUAAACUUACUAUCUCACUCUUACAUACGAGAAACGGCAAUCACAACAUCUCACUCGCGCACAGUAAAACUACAUACCUAUUUAAGAUUCUGAGAUAGUCGAUAAUAAUUUAUACAUUUUUAAUAUUACUACACAAUUUGAGGAAUAUUAAAAUAUAUAUUUGAAUGUUAUCUCACAAAUUAAUCUUCAUAGCAAACAAUAUAUGGAGUGGCAGCUAACAAAGAUUUCCUAUGCGAUUUAAUGAACAAAAAAAAUUGAUGAUAGAGUUUCGUGAUUCAUAUUUCUGUAACUGAUUAGUGGUUACUCCAUUCCAAGCUGUACCUGAGUACCGAAUCAAUUUUAUUUAAAUAUUACUAAAAAGUUAAGGAUGUUAGCCGAGCCGUUUUUAUUGAUUUUAGCAUAGCCUAAAGGCGAUUACUAAACCCUGGUAAUGUUAAAGAUUUUAAAAUUGAAUUAUUAUAAAGUGUGUGCUCAUCUACUUCCUCAACUGGGAAAUAUAUUUUCAGUCACUCAGGAUUCAUGACGUAAAGAAUUCUCAAAUGUGAUUACAAUUAAUAAUUUUUAUUGUUCAGAUGUAUAUAAAAGUACAUUAAUAAGAUUUAAUAUAAGAAUCUCUAGUGAAAUAGAGUUUCGCAAUUUUUAUAAAGUGCUCUUCGAUGGAAGUAAACUUAUUUGUAAAUAUUUGUACGCUGCGAUAAUGUGAAGUACAGCGUAAUUAUGCGCAUUUAUGAUAGUUAUUGUAUAGAUUAUUCCUAUAAAGAUAAUUAGUUUACGUAAACAGAUUAAUUUUGUCAUUUUAAAUAAGAUAUAAUUUAUA